AACUCCCGCGAUGUGUUUCUCAGGGUUGGUCAGAUGGCCUUCAGAGGAGUGUCCGAGAAGAAGAUUGUGUUUACAGAUGGAGAUUUGAUCAAGUACAAUCUGCAGUCUUCCCAGUUCCUGUCCGGGUUCCUGAUGGAGCUUUUGGAGAGAGAGGAUUCUGCCCGGGGCAUAGUGUACACAUUCCCACACCUCACCAUCCAAGAGUUUGUAGCUGCAGUCGCACAAUUCCUGAAUCCACAUCCCGGGGAUAUCCUGAUAUUCCUUACUGAAGCCCACAACACGACAGAUGGGCGAUUUGAAGUAUUUCUCCGUUUUGUUGCUGGUCUUUCCUCCCCAAUGAUAGCUCGGGGCCUGGAGGAGUUUCUGGGUCCAUUUACUCAUGAAACAACCUGCCGGGUGAUUGACUGGGUGAAGGAGGAGGUUAAACGCCAGAGUGGAAACACGAGGAGUGAAUCUGGUAAAAGGAGCCUCCUGAACAUAUUGCACUACCUGUUUGAGUCUCAGAAUCGUGGACUGGCUCAGGCCGCACUGCGAUCUGUGGAAACACUUUCAUUCAGUGGAAUCACACUAACCCCGAUUGACUGCGCGGUCCUGUCUCAUGUCAUCGGACUCUGUGAUACAAUAAAAUACCUCAACCUAGAGUACUGCCACAUUCAGUGUGAAGGAACCCAGCGGCUGGGACCCGGGUUGUACAAGUGCCGGGAGUUGAGACUUGGGGGGAAUCAGCUGGGAGAUUCAGGACUGAAACUGGUGUCUGCGGCUCUGAGGAACCCCGAGUGUAAAAUACAGAAACUGCGGCUGGACAAUGUCGGUCUCACAGAUUCUGGUGCCGAGGAACUCGCCUCAGCUCUCAGUACAAACCCAUUACUGUCGGAGCUGGACCUGAGUUUUAAUAAACUGGGAGAUUCAGGAGUGAAACUGGUGUCUGUGGCUCUGAGGAAUCCGGAGUGUAAAAUACAGACACUGUGGCUGACCCAUGUCGGUCUCACCGAUACGAGUGCCAAGGAUCUCGCCUCCGCUCUCAGUACAAUACCAUCACUGACGGAGCUGUACCUUAGUGAUAAUAAACUGGGAGAUUCAGGAGUGAAACUGGUGUCUAUGGCUCUGAGGAACCCGGAGUGUAAAAUACAGGCUCUGCGUCUGGGGAGUGUCGGUCUCACAGAUUCUGGUGUCGAGGAUCUCGUCUCCGCUCUCAGUACAAAACCAUCACUGACGUGGCUGAACUUGGGAUCAAACUCGCUGACAGACCGAUCUGUCCCCGCUCUCCGCCACCUCAUACUGACCCUCCCGAGUCUGGAGUGGAUCGGGCUGCACUGGAAUCGGUUCAGUGAGGCCGAGGGGAAUAAACUGAGAUCUUUGCAGGGACUCAGACCCGGACUGAUGGUGGAUCUGUGAUCCUGUGAACAUCUGAAUGUGUGAACAUCCCCGCUCGCGGGAUGGGGACAUUUUGACAGAUUCCACACCCUCCAUUUUAACUCCCGCCGUUACAUUUAAUGGCCGUGAUCCAGGUGUGAUUCCCAACGGUUUUAACGGAACUGGCUCCAGUCUCGCGCUGUGUGUUGUUCGUUGUGAUCCUGCACUGACGUAUAUCUCCUCCGGUCCAGCACCAGCUUCCGCCGGAUGUGCGGGUUCAAGACUCCCCCACGCGAGACCCCGGGGUAUUACACAGGCAGGAAGA